AUGACGACUCCAGAAGCAAAUAGGAAGCUACCGAUUGGGGUGUUAGAAUACUUAAUCAACCACGUGUUCCUUCCACCAAGGGUCCCACAGCAAGACGACAAUGACCCUAGCCAUGAGAGAGCCUUAGUGAAAGUCGUCAUUGAUGCUCUGAGAGAGUUCAAAUGCUAUGUCACAACGGAGUGGCAUUCCACUACCGACUUGGUCAUUGCUAUGGUCCAAAACCUACAGAGCUUGCUCGAAACCAAUGGAUUUAUGAGUCAAGAACAAUUGCUGGCUUCCUUGAAAAGACUAUGUACCGAUGGUGGAGUUCUAUUACUUCACAUACGAGCACAAAACUGUGGAUUAAUGAUAUCGAAUAACACAAACUCCAUUUUAUUUGAAGCAUUCGAGCUACUACCUCCGAAUAAGGAUGUGAUGGCCACUCAGGGCCGAUUACGACGGCCGUUUCCAGGACCGGCGCUUUCGAUGGAAGUCGAGAACUUCAAGGAUCCCAAUCUUCAGUCUGUGCUAGCUGAAACCCUGGCUAAGAUGAGCCGUCAAAGUGCUCCAGGAACCAGACCAAAGGUGAAGAAGGCAGACCACUGGUACGAUGACGAACGUGAAACCUCACACCCUAAAAUGGUGACGGAACUUUUCUUCAACUUCCUGAAGCCACUUUGUGAACAGGUUGAGCCACCUCGUUUCUGGAAGAACACCCGCAGCGAGGUUAUGUGCUGUGGUAGCCAGCUGCCAUGGCGCAGGUCUCCCCUAUGGCUACUUCUUCGAGUGGGAAUACAACAUGUUUUCUUCUGUCAUCGGGUAAGCCAAGAGGCACACAAUGGAUACAAGAUGUUCAUGGCCUACUUUUUGACGCUCAUUCUCGAGAAAUCUUAUUGUAAAGGCGUUAAGUGCGAAUUAUUGCAUAUAAUGCAGGCCAAGAUCGCCCGACGUCUGCUCAAGCUCGGUCAUUACCAUGAUAUGGAUUUGACUCACAUUGCAGAUGUUAUUCGAUCUACCAGGAAAGUCCUAGCAAAGAAAUGA